AUGCUAUGGCGUGUCUCGAAAGCGCCAUGGCAUCUCGGAGACGCGAUCCUGCCUCGAUACCCGUCCCUUGACAUCCUGAGAAUCCUGAACAGAACUGGACUGUCCCCGUGCUGCGGCAGAUAUGUGCAUGGCCAAAGCACAGAGCCUACAGGGACCUCACCGGCGCUUGUCCGCCACGCCAGACUCACGAGUGAUGCCGAGUACGUCGAGGGACUGCGAGCCGACCAAUCCAUCAAAAUUGCCGGUCUAGUGCGCAGCAUCAGAAAGCAGAAGAACAUCGCCUUUGCCCGGAUCGGCGAUGGAUCUACACUCGCGAACGUCCAGGCAGUAUUCCCGGACCCGCAACUGGCGAAAGACGUUACCAACGGCGCCUACGUGGCCUUGGUGGGCAACUGGAUUCGCUCCAAAGGAGCAGGGCAAAGCCAUGAACUACAAGUCGAGAAGAUCGAAACACUCGGUGACGGCAACACCUCGGAGAACCCCAUCCAGAAGCAGUCCAUGUCGACUGAUUUUCUCCGGACCGUUCCUCACCUGCGAAUGCGCACAGCCUUCCACUCGCUGGUCAAUCGGACUCGCAGCCAAUUGAUCUCCGCCAUUGGGUCGCAUUUCUCCACCCAGCCGGACCCGGUCUACCAGGUCCUUCCACCCCUCAUCACCUCUUCCGACUGUGAAGGUGCAGGAGAAGCUUUCACAAUCGCCCCACAAAGCCAUGAGCAGCUACCGGAGGCUGCGGCGAACACAUCCAAGGGACAAGAGAAGCUCUACUUCCGAGAACCGAAAUACCUCACGGUGUCGUCACAGCUGCAUCUCGAGGCACAUGCCGCCGAGCAAGGGGACGUCUUUGCCUUUUCUCCCACGUUCCGUGCGGAAGAAAGUGAUACCCCGCGGCAUCUGUCCGAGUUUUACAUGCUCGAGGUUGAGCAUCGGCAUGUUUCUUUUCCAGAGCUGCUGUCCCGAGUGCAGAGUUUGGUGGCAGAUCUCGCACAGUCACUUCGAAAACAUCGCACCGGUAAGGAACUGGUUGAGUACUACUCAGACCAGAAACACCGGCCCACCGAUGCCGAUUUUGUGGAUCUGGAAGCUCGCUGGGAUAGACUCAGCGGCAGGUGGCACGAAGUAGACUACACGUCAGCCAUGGACGCGCUGAUGAAGGCUUACGAAUCGAGCGGUGGCACGCUGUUCGUUUACCGUCCUCAGUGGACGCAAGGAUUGCAACUGGAGCACGAGCGGUGGAUCGUGGACAAUCUUGCAGGAGGCCAGCCGGUUUUUGUGACGCAUUACCCAAAGGACGUGAAACCGUUCUACAUGCUUCCGUCAUCCGCAAUGACUUCACAGCAGCACAUCACUCAACCGGAGUCUAGCGGAGACACGGUCGCCUGCUUCGACCUUCUCCUUCCCUUCGGCUAUUGCGAAGUCGUUGGGGGGAGCCUCAGAGAACACCGGCUGGAGCAUCUCAUUCAGUCUAUGCGCCAAAAGGGGCUGCUCAAGAGCAUGGACGUGUCGAAUGGUGACAACGGGAGCGGCUAUCCGUUCCUGCGAGCCGGGGAGAGCCUAGGGAACAUGAAGUGGUACGCCGACCUUCGACGGUACGGGAGCAGUCCACACGGGGGCUAUGGUCUGGGGUUCGACCGUUUGCUGGCGUACAUGACGGGCGUCAACAAUCUGAGAGAGGUCGUGCCGUUCCCGAGAACUUGGGGAAGGGCGGAUUGCUGA